UCGGUUUAACCCGCUUCGUUGAUUCUUAAAUGAAUUAAAUAUGGAAGUCAUGUAUACGUAUACGAAAUGUACAGUAUGCGAUACAUCGGUUUAAUAUACAAUAAUAUGUAAAAGAGGAGCUCAGAUUCCACACCGAAAACAAAGCAUGGAGGAUUAAUGUUUAUAAGACACUGGUCAAAAGGUUAAACGCUUAAAGGAUUUACUAAUUUAAUGUAAACGAGUAUGGAAUAGAGAAUUAAAGUGUAUAUACGCAGACACGUUACCAGUCGUUGAGCAAACAUUACGGAUGAUAACCAUAAGAUACCCUAAACAUGGAUUUAGUAAAAACUUUUAAGACAAGAAAUAUACACGGUAAACAGUGAACCUGGGACUUGGCUUUUGUGUAUAUUCCAUACCCGCGCCAGACAAACUGUCACUUUAAACGUGUGUCAAGUUGAUACAAAUCAUUUUGGAAAUGUAGCCGAACAAUAGGAGCUUCAUAACAGGGAGCUUUAAGGGGCUUAAAGAAGAGAUAUGCUUCAGACUACCGUGUAGUCCAGGUUUUAUAUAGGAAAACGUUGCAGUGUUCUUUAUUUGGAAAAUAUUGAUACAGUGGAAGGAUUUUAUCUAACGAUCGAUAGCUACCUGUUUUCAUAAUCACCUCAUAUGGAAAAUAAUGAUCAUUUUAUACAAGACAACUGGAUUCCAUCGUUAAUUGACAUGAUUUUAGAUGAUAAUCAGAUAUAUUAUUGUCAAGUACUGGUACUAGCAGUUCUUUACUGGUAAGAGUUCUGUACAUUCUGGAAUGUAUAGCAUUGAAAGUGUAAUUAACCAGGAUGUAUCUUUGAACUCAAGUAAAGUGACGAUAAGGUAUCAUAUAUUGACCUGAUAGUAUUAAAAUGACAAUGUCUCUUGAAGAUGAAAUAAUGUAGGGAUUGUUCUGUGGCCCAAUGUUGGCAAGGUACUGUGGUCGUGCAUUGGCUGCACGUUGAACUCCAGAUACUGAAAACGUUUCACUAUGAAUACCGGUCAGAUUUUUACGUACGGACGGACAGGGGGCGACGGUAGUAGCACCGGGAACGGGGCGUCUUCUUUCACAAAUGGAGAUACUCAAAGUUGGGAAGAGAAAUCCCGCUCAUUACGGGACAUCAUAACUCGUGGCAAGUACCCGUGCCUUGUGAAAGUGAAAGGCUCCGUAAUUAGGAAGUACAUGCCACAGAAAUCCCCGGGCUCGAGUCCCACGAAUCCGGGGGCGGGUCUUACCGGAAACCCCACAAACGACGACGAGAUUCUUCACGUGAUAGAGCUCCGGCGGCACAAGAUGGUGGUUGCCACUCGCCUCCAGUGGGAACGCCGUACGAACGAGUACACGCGGACGGACAAACAUGUGGAUAUUAACGUGGCACAGAAAGGCUGGUUUGAAGUGUUGCCAGAUAACGGUCAGCCCGUUGAGUAUUUCGACACCAUCAACGCCAUAGUCGGUCUCCGGCCAAAACAGUUCCUUGUGCGAACCUCCAUAGUUGGGUACGAGCUGAGCAUGGAAAACGGCGUCAACAGCUGGGUUCCCUGGGAGAUUCGUCCUGGGGAGGUCCUCACUACCGGUAUAGUUCACAUGGAUCAGAAAAGGACAAAGAAAAAGACAUUGUUUAAACGGAUAUUUAGUUCUAAUAAGAAUUCUGGAAAGAAAGAGCAGGACCUCAAAUAUUUACAAUGCUUUGAUGCUGAUAAUCGUGAAAUUAUGGUACCUUUGAUAAUGACUGGUGUCUUUAGUCCCGUUGGCGAUCAAUCUAAUACUAAUUUCGACGCUGUGUACAAUCUCCAUGACUUAAUAAGUGCAUUUAAUUUACCAAUCAAGGUUCAACUUAUUCAUUCCGAUGCUCAAGCUAAUAACCAUGUGCCUAGUGGAGUGUUACUUUUAGAACGUUUAAAGGACUCAGAAACGGUGCUAGUUGCUAGGCAUCCAUACGUGGAACACGUCUCAGAGACGUUUCAGUUACCCGUUGAUCAAGAUAUACAAGUGACAAAAGAGCGGAAAAAGAGACAGAAAAGUUUGACUACUGUUUCAAAUUCAGAUCCACUCAUUGAUAAUGCAAAUGACAUAGUAGAUGCACCUGAAAUUGUUCUGCCAAUUAGAAUAAAGGAAUCUAAGAAAUCAAAAGGAAGUGCUAUAUUAGAAAAGUUGAGUGUCCGUUCGAAGAGUAGAAAAGAACGAGCUAGUUUAAAGGCAUUACAGGAAGAGGGCAUAUUUUCUUCUAGACUCAGUAAAAGUGAUCUCACGUUCGAAGACUUUUAUGCUAAUGGCGAAAGUGACGAUGCCAAAUCUAAACCAUCUGAUGAAACAAUUGUUAAAGAUUCCGUCCAAUCUCCAGCAGCUGGCGUGUCUCAAUCAAAACAGGAACUGGAUAUAGAAAAUGGGUACUCUGUGUCCACCAAACGUAGCGCGAUGCAAGAUAGGGACUUGCCUCCAAUACCAAGCAAAACCAAAAGUCCAACAAAACGAACCCAGUACACGAAAGAGAAUGACUACGAGGAGCUCCCGCUUGCCCCUCGACCUCCACACCUUUAUCUUAGUCAGGGAACUUCAGAGAACCAUGACCAUGACGACGGCUACAUGACGCCGGCGCGGUUCAGGGAACUAAACGAGGAAUCCAAGGGAGACUACGACAAUGUUGUUAAGAGGAAACCGCCUACAGCCCCCAAACCCGACUACGCUCGAAUAUCUCGUGCCAGAAAAGCCAAAAGUGAUUAUGCAUCACCUCCUAGUCGGUCUAAUUGUGAUAAUAACGACACUGUACAGAAUAUUGAACACUUGUUUGACUAUGCCCUUGCGGAGGGUGCUGAUGAGACGCCGGUUACAAGCAGUCCUUACGGCAAGCGACAGUUACCAAACACACCGGGGUCCUACCAACGUUCCAUCCCCAGACGCGGCUCACAUGACAAUAGAGUCUUUCAUGACGACUUUGAAAUAGGGGCCAAGUCAUUGUCAGGGUUUGCAAAGCUUAAGUCAAGGUCACAGAAAAAUCUUAACAUGGAGACAAACGCUACCAUCAGAAGUCACAACGUACGUAAAAUGAGGACGGCAAUGGACGUGUUUGGCAACAGUGAUUCUCUGCGUGACUUACGUCAACCAUUACAAUUAGACGGAAAUGAUCAGCCUGUUGAACCAAUGUACGGCAGGGUGGUUGAUAGCGAUCGUAUAAAAUCUUACGUGUACGCCCAACAGAAUCCAUACGGACGUCUCGGUAACCAUUACGUAGAAAGUGAACCUGGUUUUAGAAGAUACAGUCGCGCAAACUCUAAUGCCGCGCUGAGCGACUCGUUUCCGAAACACGGCGAUGACUCAGCGAUUUCGAUCAACUCACGCGGUGAGUACGGACUUCUUCCGGGAGAGAGUGAUUACAGCUACUCUGAAUACUCAGAAUGGCAUGACGACGGCUGGAUCCCGCCCGACGAUAUAUCCACCCUGUCUGUGCUCGAGGUGAGCAAGUCGCUCCGGUAUAUCGGGAUGAAGGACCGCGUUGUGAUACGGUUUUCGCGGGAACAGAUCGAUGGAAACAUGCUGCAGACGCUUGACGUCAAGCUUCUUAAGGAAGGAUUUCCCGAACUGAAUGCAUUGGACGUGAAAAAGAUUUUAGACUUUGUUAGUGGUUGGCGACCAAAGAAAUGAAAAUGAAAUAUGUUACGUCAUUUGAGUAGUGGUUAUUUACUUAGAACUUAUUAUAUGAUGUCUUUCAGUUUUUUAUUACGAUCGUGCGUCUGCCCGAUCAUUCUCGGUAUUUCAAUUGACAAUGUUAAACCUAUUGCAUGCUGUUUUACGUUUGCUUAUUUAUUAUUGAUCAUUAAGUAUAUAUACCCCCAUUUCAACAUAUCGUGAUUAUUUAAACCUUGAUAAGCACAUAUUUUGAAUAAAAUGAUAUACUUCAAAA